CGCAGUGAAAUGAACAAUUAAAGAAUAUCUGAACUGAUGGAUGAUUAUCAACCUCUGAGUGAUUCUUGUCAAUAUCUGUCACCAUUAACCAACCUCAUAGUAAGCGUAAUAAACCCCAGAAACUCCCAAUACAAGAAAGUGGGGGAGCUUCAAAUCACCAACAAGCUCUGACAGCUUCACACUUACUGAGAGCAACUUAUCAGCAGCUUCUCACUGUUCCUGAAUCAAAACCACAAACGGCCCGUAUCUCGACCCUCUUUCUGUAAAUCAUUGGCUCGCAUCGUUACUCCAUCAAAAAAACACCAUCUCGAUCUCCCUCCUGCCCAUGAUGUAAUCCCCCUAUGACGGCAUAGAAUCCCACCUUCGACGUCAACUUGCAAUCAUUGUUUUCCACUUUUCGUACUUAACCUCUCACUCUUCCUCAUCUGAGACCAUUCCACAUUCAAAUAACUCGUCAACAAUAACUCAAUCCCGAACCUCUUCACAUACCAAAAAUCACAGCAAUCAUGCCUGAGGGACGUCAAUCACCAGCUCCUGAGCAGCAGAGCGGUCGCCAGCAGCAGGAUCCUCCUGCCUCUGGCCACGGCAUCAACAAGACUGAUGACAAGGACCCUAAGAGACAGCUUGAGAACCUCUCAUCGAACCCCAAGGGUCUCACCGACGAUAUUGUGGAUGAGAAGUUCUCCAAGACUGAGAAGAAAUAGUCAGUCAAGCCAAAAGAAUAAGCUCGAUGGAACAGUUCUAACAUGGGAAUAGAACAAACGAUACCACGAUGGUUAUGAAUUGAUGGACAAGGGAAUGCAUAGAACUAAUAAACCACGACUGAAAUAGUCGCUUCAUUUAAAUUACUGUCCUCAUCUCCAUUGAACAUGUCUGUGAAUGCAUAAUGCCUAUAAGUUACUUGUGAAUGAAGUAGAGACAUCGUUAGACGUUUUAUGAAUCACAAAAUUGCCACUUUCACAUGUCAUCGUUCUUAA